AUUUUGUGUGGCAAUCCAAGGAGGCGGUCAGCUUUUUCAGGCGCUAUUAUUUUAAUGAAGAAAUUGUAUGUUGUUUUGUUAAAGUGUACGAUUUUUGCCUGUGUUCAGUAAAAACCGAAGCUGGAGAGAAUCUGAAAUAAAAUUCAAAGGUAUGUCUUACACAGGUGUUGUCCACUCCGUCAGGCAGAAAAAGAAGAGGAACGCGCAUUCUGGACAUCAGCUGAUGCAUGGAAUAGGCCUGCAUGCAUGGCAGCAAGCCAAUUUAGCAGAGCUCUUUGAGUCCCUUAAAAAUGUAGUAUGUCCUUCGACCCAGAAAACCCCCGCCAAGUGGAAGAUCCUGGAUCAUGCCAAAGGAUUUCUGCUUGAGAAAGAAGCGUAUCUUAGUAAACUUCUUGAACUGAAAGAAAUCUUCCUGCAGGAUGAUGAAGGACCUAAGAGUUUGGAGGAGGUGCGGGAAAAGUAUAGGAGACUGUAUUCCAAAAGCUUUGUGUGCACCAGAAAACGCAUCCAUACAGCUCAUGUGCCUGAUGUGGAUAAGGGACCAGGCAGCAGUGAGGAAGACUUUGCUGAUGAGGGAAUGGAUGCAGCACUGCAGCCCCAGGGUUCGGGACUGUCUGUUUCAAGCAUCCAGGAGUUUGAGGGAUAUCUCUUUUUCUACAGGCAGACUCUGGACCACUUACUGUGCACCGGAGUCCUCGCCCCAGACCAGCCAGUACUGCCAGUGGUGUCAGAGGCCAUCUCAGGCCUGUGGAAGAGCAUGCCUCCAGAGCAAAGGGCUGAGGUCCAGCAGUGCACGCUGACGGAAAGCUGCAUCACUUGGCUUGGCCCUGCUGAUGACACCCCCUGCAGCUCUCUGAACUCAUCCCAGCUCACCAGCUUAAACACAUCUGGAACUUCUGCCCUGGAGGAGGACCUAAUCCAGGAUGCCUAUGAUGUGGUACAGAGAGACAUGGAUGCCACUACUGUGAACAGUCCCACACUGCUGCCUCCACGGAGUGGCGACUGCGAGAGGCUGAGAGAGACCUACAAGGACAUUACAAGCUUCAUUAGAAGCCACAUGUCUGAGGAACAGGAGCUCACCCAGGACAUGUGCUUAACUGAUGACUAUGAAGAGCUCUUCCUGAGGUGUUCUGAAAGCUUUGAUGAGGAUAUUUAAUCUCUUCACUGGCCUCUGCAGCUGUCGCUUUUCAUCCUGUUACAAGUUUUUGUUUUUGAGGUACAGUUCAGUGAGUUGUAGAUAAAAUGUGUUGCUCUUUUAAACUCAUUAAAGGUGUUCAGGUAUGUUUUCAGUUUUUUUUUUUUUUAAUGGUGUUCCUGAAAACCGCUUCUCUAUCGCGACCUUCGCUUGUGUUCUCUUGCUAGUCAGGUGUUUUAACUAAAUAAAAAAUGAAUAAAUAAAGCCAGACUAAAGUGAGCAGUCA